AUGGCUUAUUUCUCUCCAUUUGCUCCACAAGCUCAAAAACAAGAUGGAGGAGCGGGUACAAUGACUGUUAAAAUCACUGUUGUUAGAGGAACUAAGCUCCCCAAGAAAGAUCUGCUCUCAUCAGAUCCAUACGUGAUUGUUUCUAUUGGUCCUGAUUCACAGAGAACUAAGACUGUAAUGAAGAAUCUAAACCCCGUCUUUAACGAAACAUUCACAUUUAAUAAUGUCUAUCCAGGAACCACUGCAGAGUUUCAAGUAAUGGACUUCGACAAAAAGAGCAAAGAUGAUCCAAUGGGAAAUGCCAGUGUCAUUCUUAAUCCACAAAGCGGUCCUCAGAAUUGCGAACUCUUGUUAAGCACAAAAGGUUCUUUGACGGUGACUUACACCGCUGAGCUUAACCAAACACAACAAAAACAAACCCCUCAACAACAAUCACAAUACCCACCUCAACAAACCCAAGGACAGUAUCCUCCACAACAACAAUAUCAGCAAUACCCUCCUCAAGGUCAACAACAAAAAUAUCCACAACAACCAGGACAAUAUCCCCCUCAACAAUACCAACAAUAUCCUCCUCAAGGCCAGUACCCCCCACAACAAGGCGCUUACCAACAACAAACAUAUCCACCUCAAGGACAAUAUAAUCAACCGGGAUAUCCACCUCAACAGUACGGACAACAACCACAAGGUGCUUACCCACCUCAAGGGUAUCCUCCUCAACAAUAUCAAAUGCAACCCGGGCAAUCUGCUCCUCAACAGGGAGCUUAUCCUCCUCAACAACCAGGUCAAUACCAACAACAAUAUCCAGGCGCUCAACAACCACAGCAACAAUACGGACAGUACCCACAACCAGGCUACCCACCCCAACAAUAUCCACCUAAAAAAUAA